GGCAACCCUAAGUUAGGAGAAAGAAAGAAUUCGAAGCAAAAGGAUCUUACAUUACAUUAUCCGCCACCGGCGUUAUCGGAGUCACCGAAGAUGAGAGGAAGAAGCUACACUCCAUCGCCACCACCACGUUACAGCAGAAGAGGCGGUGGAAGAAGUCCAAGUCCCCGUCGUCGUUACGCUCCCCGUCAAAGCGAUCUACCUACCAGUCUUCUUGUUCGUAACCUUCGCCAUGACUGUAGACCUGAAGAUCUUCGUAGACCUUUCGGUCAAUUUGGUCCUCUUAAGGACAUUUAUCUCCCUAAAGAUUAUUACACUGGACAGCCGCGUGGAUUUGGUUUUAUCCAAUUUGUGGAUCCUGCUGAUGCUGCCGAUGCUAAAUAUCAUAUGGAUGGUCAAGUUCUUCUUGGUAGGGAGCUGACUGUUGUUUUUGCUGAAGAAAAUAGAAAGAAGCCAACUGAGAUGAGGGUCAGAGAGAGAAGUGGUAGGUAUUCUGAUAGAAGAAGGUCUCCCGCACGCCACUCUCGUUCACCCCGCUAUUCCCGGUCUCCACCACCUCGUCACAGAUCCCGCUCUCGCGGAAGUCGUGACUAUUAUUCCCCUCCUAAACGAAGGGAAUAUUCGAGAUCUCUAUCACCUGAAGAUAGAAGACACAGUCGAGAAAGAUCACAGCAUAGCAGAGAGAGGUCAUACUCACGCUCUCCACCCAAAAAUGUGGAUGCGAGAAGCCGUAGUCAGAGUCCAGUGAAAGACCCAGUCCAGAGCAGAAGUCCAAGUCCGAACCAUGAUGUAAGGGAAUCGCCCCGCAGUAGGUCCCCCAGUCAGUGACAGUGGAAGAGAAUCAUUAGACAAUUAGAUGCUUGGUUUUGUUUGAAUAUUCAGCAAACACUUGUUUUGUUGUUUUUUCCACUCUGUUAAAAUGUAUUCGGAUUUUAAUUUAUCGUUUCAUAUACCAGAGUUGUAUUUUGGUUGGAUUAAAAGAUGUAUUAGUGCUAGCAGGAUGUUGAUUUGAAAUUUGAUACUAUGUUCCAUCUAGUUUAGUAGGAUAAUAUUUGUAUGGAAUUUUCUGGAAUUGUUCAACCUGUGUUGUGUGUUUGUUGUUUUGUCGUUA